AUGAUUCAAUCUGGUUUUGUCAAUACAGAUCCCGGUGCAUAUUCCGUAAUGUUUUGCAAAAUAGUAUGGUUUUCAUUAUAUCCAAUAAGAGGAUUGUCUUCUUGGUUAAUUGUUCUGGCUUGUGGUGAUAGGUAUUUGUCUAGCUCAACAUCAGCCACGAAGAGAGCAUGGAGUACUGUACGGGUGGCCAAUCGCAUCAUACCAUUGACGAUUCUUACUGGUUUUAUUAUAUACAUACAUGUGCCUAUCUUUUUCGAGAUCAGUAUUAUACCGGCAACUCAGCAACCCAUUUGUUAUGCACCAGGGCCUCCAGGUACUUAUCGUUUAGUUUUAUCUCUAUUCAAUUUGAUCUAUUUUGGUUUAUCUCCAUCAUUGUCUAUGUUUCUCCUUGGCAUGUUAACAUUACGAAAUAUUGAACGAUCUAAACGACUUCUUGUGGCACCAUUAAAUAAUUUGUCAAAUCAACAUAAUCAAAAUAAUAAACAAAUCAAUAGACAUAUGCUUCGAAUGUUAUUUCUUCAAGUAUUAAUGUAUUGUGUGACAGGAUUAGCAUACUCUGUUGGCGCAAUUUAUACAGCGAUACGUACUAGUCAACCAAGCAAUGUCUUUCAAGUAGCUCAAUAUAAUAUGAUUACAGUAGUACUUGGUUUACUUUCAAAUAAUGGUCCCUGCUUAAGUUUUUAUUUAUUUACACUUUCAAGUGGUUUAUUUAGAAAAGAGCUGAAAAAGCUAUUUACCAAAUUUAAUCCAACUGCUAACGAUCCACAACAAAUUCAAACUCGACUACAUCAGACAGGUUACAUCGGAAUGACAACUAGACAUCAAUAA